AUGUACGAUCCUCAAGCGCGCUCGCGGCCAUCGUCGUUCGCUCCGAAUGAUUCACUAGCUCAAAUUCCAGCUAAUUCUCAAGACGACUUCUCCGAUACCCAGUUCGACGCUCAGGCGGACGACUUCUUCACGUCUCAGAACGGGGCUUAUCCGGACCCGCUCCCCACUCAUUCAUUCGCAACACAGUCUGUCCGUGCACCAUCACCACCUCCAGGCCCUCUCCUCGACCACUCUCAUCUUCGUCCGGGGAAUCAAGCCGCUCUAUUGUCCCACGAGCGUACACUCGAGCUCUACCGUGCCAAUGCCAAAAAGACGCAAGAUCCCGACCUCCAAUUCGAGUUUGCCGUCUUCAUGGUCGACGCAUCUAAAACGCUCCCCGUACCAGAACCCACGCCGGGCAAUGUCAUGGACGUAGAACGUGCGCUCGACAAACGGGACGAUCUCGUCAAGGAGGCAACCGCGCUGCUCAAGCGAAACGCUGACCGAGGGCACAUGCCUUCGCAGUAUUUCCUCGCUGACUGCUACGCGAACGGGAUAGGGACGCACAAGAACCGCCAGGACUUCGACCGCGCAUUUCCGCUCUUCAUUCUUGCUGCCAAGCACGGUCACCCCGACGCUGCAUACCGCGCGGGUACGUGCUGCGAGAACGGCUGGGGCUGUCGCAGAGAGAGCGCGAAGGCGGUCCAGUUCUACCGCAAGGCUGCCGCGUCGCUCCACCCCGGCGCGAUGUAUCGUCUCGGCAUCGCAGAGCUGAACGGAGAGCUUGGGAUGUCCAAGCGCCCGAAAGAAGGUGUUAAAUGGCUCAAACGCUCCGCGGAGCACGCAACGGCGGAGUUCCCUCAUGCGCUUCACGAGCUCGCACUCCUGCAUGAACGGGGCAUCGACAACGUCGUGUUCGUGGAUAACGAAUAUGCAGCGGAGCUACUCGCACAAGCGGCAGAGUUGGGUUAUGCGCCGAGCGCUUACCGGCUAGGCGAAUGCUAUGAAUACGGGAAGAUGGGCUGUCCGCAAGACCCCGCACUGUCAAUCCAUUAUUAUAAUAUCGCGGCGCAGCAGAAUCACCGAGACGCAUGUUUCGCCCUGACGGCAUGGUAUCUUGUGGGCUCACCUGGAGUGCUGCCCCAAUCAGACACGGAGGCAUUCUUAUGGGCAAAGAAGGCGGCGGACGCGGGGCUGGGCAAAGCUAUGUAUGCUGUGGGGUAUUUCCUAGAAGUGGGAAUUGGCACACCUCCAAGCAUGAAUGAAGCAUUACAAUACUACAAACGUGCGGCGGACCAAGGCGACCGACGAGCGUCACAGAGGCUAAAGGGGAAUGGUCCGAUGGUCCAACCCGGUGGACCAGAGUCAGUCGUGAAUCGUGGGGAAGGCGACGCGCAGUCUCAGUCAGGAUCGGGAAAGGGUAGCAAGGACAAGGACUGCGUGAUUAUGUGAGGCACCUACAGACUAAGAGAAUCGACUGGCUGGAUAGAGUACACGUCUAGGGACGACCUUCAUUGUCACCUACAUAAUAAGUUUUUUAGACUUGUUUAACUCGGAACGUUCGUUUCGUUUGCCCACGUC